GCUGAAUGCUAGUUCACAUGACGAGUUAUGGCAUAUUCACUCGGUGUGGCUGUUACCGACGUCUAACCCCGUUUAACGACAGUGUCUACCAGCAAGACUCUGUUUAGGAUCACCAAACAACGAUUCCUUGUAUCUUAAGAAAACAGAGAAACGUAAACAACAACAGGAAGUGGAAGAACAAAACCAGUGACGCCUCAGUUUUAGCUAACUGUCCGUCAAGUCAAGUGCAGUCCGCCGCGGAGACCCACCUGCGCCUGCAGCGGCGACACAACACCACCUCCUCGGGCUUUUAGCUCUUCUGCAAGGGGGACAACAGGGAGAAAAGUCACUCCGGGAGGAUGAAACUCUCUCACGCUUUGUCCGCGCUCAUCAUCGCGUGGUGUGCGGUUUUAGGUCACAUUCAGGCUGUUACUCUUGAGGUGAAAGAGGGGAAUUCUACCUGUAUAAAGGCUGAGCUGUCCGCAUCGUUCUCCAUCACAUACAACACCUCCAACAGCACAAGAACAGUGCAGGUCCCUCUGCCUGACUCCACCACGGUCGAUGCAGGCAGCAGCUCAUGUGGUACAGACGACAGCUCGCCAUGGCUGGUGGCGGUGUUUGGACCUGGCCACGCGCUGGGACUAAGCUUUUCGACCAAUGGGAGUCUCUACAGUGUCGCUAACCUGUCACUGCAGUACAACCUCAGCGACAGUUCGAUCUUCCCUGAGGCUAACAGCUCCGAUGUGGUGACUGUGGUGUCGGCUUCUGUUGGGAUCUGGGCGAUGGUCAACACCACCUACCGCUGUUUGAGCCCCUCUACUUUUGGAAUUGGUGGCGCAUCUGUCACUUUCUCUGACAUGAGGCUGGAGGCGUACAUGCCAGGAAAUGACCUGAGUCCAACAGAAAGCGUAUGUAUGGCAGAUCAAGCCAGCACUACAGCUCCACCCACCACUGCUGGCACAACAACCACCGCCCCUCCAGCACCAACUCCUCCGGGAGCACCUGAGCGAGGCCACUACACUGUUAUGAACAGCAAUGGCACUGAAUGCCUCCUGGCCCAAAUGGGACUGCAGCUCAACAUCUCUUAUUUCUCUGUGUCUCAAAAUAAGACUGUCCAAGAGCUGGUGAACCUGACUCCAAAUCUAACAGCUUCAUCAGGCUCAUGUGAAGCCAGCAGUGCUUCCUUGGUUUUGACACAGGAGCGAAGCACUACGCUCACCUUCAUCUUCACUCUGAACUCCACGAGCCACAAGUACCACCUGAGUGGGAUAACUCUGCUCGCUAAUUUGUCUGAUGCGACCGAUCCCAUCAGAGCCAGUAACACCAGUCUGGACUACCUGCGCAGUACGCUGGGCCGCUCCUACAUGUGCAAUGCGGAGCAAACUCUGGUCGUGGUGCCAACUUUCUCUCUCAACACAUUCAAACUGCAGGUCCAACCUUUUGCAGUCACUACCAGCCAGUUUGCUACAGCGGAGGAGUGUCAGAUGGAUCAAGACCAGAUGCUCAUCCCCAUCAUCGUUGGAGCAGCUCUCGCCGGCCUGGUGCUGAUCGUUCUCAUCGCAUAUCUAAUAGGCAGGAAGAGGAGCCACGCUGGAUACCAGACCAUCUGAAUGAACCCCUCAUUUCUCUUUAACCUGACAGACUGAACAGUGGAGCGAUAAACCCAAUCUGUGAGCAAGUGAUAGACUGUGGACACAAGUGUGAGUGAAUGAAAGCAGUUGUUACUCUGUGGUGAGUGCAUGUUUUUGCAUUUAUCCUUCAUGACCUCUGGAUUUUUUUUUAUUCUACUUUCAAUUUCUCUGUGAGAUGAUGAUGAGAAGCCACAGACCUGCUAACUUUAGACAGUGUGCAUCUUGAAGCCCCAGAAAACAAGAGGCUUCACACAAUCAAUGAUGGAGGCAGUUUGAAUUCACUGUAGCAAGUUCACCGUCAGCUGUUCUUGCUCCAUCAAGUUCUAGGAGUGGGUUGAAUUUGCUUGAACUGAUGUUUUUAGCCAUGUAAUUAUUUAUAAUAAAAAAAAUGUUAAUUAGAAA